AUGGCAUCCCUCGAAAACGGCCACGCCAAUGGCUUGAACGGUGACACGAACCCUCCUACGAGCUCAUUGGCCGCUCUGCGAUUCUCCGACAUCCCUGAUGCCAUCGAUAUUCCCGCCUCCAGUUUCGACAGCGAAGUCGAAGUCAGUCUCCUUGACCUCCCCGAAGACCCUACCGAGCUCUGCACUCUGCUGGAGAAUGAGCGAGCAGCAAAAAACUUCUGGGUGAUCAUUGCGCUUGCAUAUGCGAAACGAAAACAGAUCGACCAUGCCAUCGAUAUCCUGAACAAGGGCUUGGCCUCCGUCGCCCACGGCGCCACAAAGGAAAAGCUCGGGCUCUUGGGCUGGGUCUGUUGGCUGCUUAUGCUUAAGAGCCGUCAAGCACCCCGUGUGGCGCCAGAAGGUGAACUCUACUCAGAAGCUAAGACAAAGGAUCACUACCUGCAGUUGGCUACAUCGACAUUGAACGAGGCGUCGCGACUCAACCCGGCAUAUCCACCUCUCUUCCUCGCCCGUGGUGUCUUAUGUCUUCUCCGUGCAUCUCUAUACCCUCCUCGUGCUGUUCGUCCCGGUGCCAUCGAUACCUCCGAACGGGUGGAGGCCCUGCGUCAAGCGCUGAAAUGCUUCGACGAGUCAUCCAAGGCAUUUGGUGGCCGCAACAUCAUGGCGAUUUUGGGACGUGCUCGUGCACUAUACAUGCUGGGCAGAUAUGCUGAAGCCCUGGAUGCUUAUCAGAAGGUUCUCAUGAAAGUACCGAAUCUCACAGACCCGGAUCCUCGUAUUGGUCUGGGAUGCUGCUUGUGGCAGCUUGGUUUCAAAGAUCAAGCGAAGACAGCUUGGGAGAGAUCCCUGGCUUUGAACCCCGAAUCCAAGGUUGCGAAUAUCCUGCUGGCAUUAUAUUAUCUCUACGACAGCUCUCGCCGGUCGACUACCGAUCCGAUGUUCGGAUCUAUGUACAAAUUAGCCAUGACCCAAUACACUCAGAAGGCCUUCAAGAUCGACAAAGAAUACCCCAUGACAUGUGCCUUGUUCGGCGGUUACUUCCUUCUGCGCAAACAAUAUCCGACAGUUGAAACCCUUGCUCGCAAGGCCAUUGAACAGACAGAUGUUAUGCCUAUUGCUAGUGACGGCUGGUACCUUCUUGGACGCAAAUCCCAUUACGAAAAUGACGGCGCCCGAGCCACCGAAUACUACAACCGUUCCGACCAGGCCCGUGGUGGUGGUGACAAGGGUUAUCUGCCCGCCAAAUUCGGUGCGGUGCAGAUGCAGAUCUCGAACAAGGAUUUUGACGGUGCGAAAUUCCGCCUUGAGAAGAUUAUUCAGCAAAGCAAAAACCCAGAGGCAAUGAUCCUUCUAGCAGCGCUCCACGCGGAAGAGGUCUUUGCUGUCCAAAAGGCGGGCAGCAAAGAAGAUAAAUCGACAGAAGCCAAGCGAGCAAUCUCUCUUUUGGAGUCCGUUCGAUCAAUGUGGAAAGACGAGAAGCUGAAUCUGACACCCGAUGAAUCAGUGCUGGUCUAUCUUGCUCGACUUUAUGAGAGCACAGCCCCUGAGAAGAGCAUGCAAUGUCUCGUUCAACUGGAGCAAUUGCAGCUUUCCGCUCUUCCAGAGAGUGCUCGACCUGAGGAUGUUCAAGAUGAAGAGGAAAUCAAGAAGGUUUUGCGCGAGUAUCUUCCUCCUCAGUUGCUCAACAAUAUGGGCGCUUUCUUAUACCAGAACGAAAAGAUUGCUCUCGCGCGUGGCAUGUUCCAAUCUGCACUUAAUGCAUGUGUCCAGUCACAAGAAAGAGAAGAGCAGCCCAACAACGACGCCUUGGUCACAACUAUUAGCUAUAACCUUGGCCGGACUUACGAGGCUGCGGAUAUGUGGGAUGAGGCUAAGAAGGUCUAUGAGGGUCUUCUAGAGCGUCACAGCGAUUACACGGAGGCCAGUGCUCGUUUGACUUAUAUCAGCCUGCGUCAGAGCCCUGCCGAUGAAGGACCCAAAAAGAUGGCUAAGCUUUACGAGACCGAGUCAACGAACUUGGAGGUCCGCGCGCUCUUUGGAUGGUAUCUCAGCAAGUCUAAGAAGCGUGUUGCCAACCUCGCCGAGGACCAUGAGCAGCGCCACUACAAGCAUACCUUACAAUACCACGAUAAGCAUGAUAGAUAUGCCUUGACUGGAAUGGGUAAUGUGCAUCUCCUCUCAGCCCGUGAUAUGCGCCGUGAAUCUGAGCAGGAGAAGGAGAAACGCCGGAAGGUGUACCAGCGUGCUGUGGAGUUCUUUGAUAAGGCUCUGCAACUUGAUCCCAAGAACGCCUAUGCCGCCCAGGGUAUUGCCAUUGCUCUCAUUGAUGACAAGAAAGACCACAGUACUGCUGUGCAGAUUCUAUCUAAGAUUCGGGAUACCUUGAAAGAUCCAAGUGUCUAUCUCAACCUGGGACACGUCUACGCCGAACUUCGACAAUUCUCCCGGUCAAUCGAACAUUAUGAGACUGCUUUAUCCAAGGAUCGAGCCCGCGAUGUACAAAUCCUCGCCUGUCUUGGUCGAGUAUGGUGGUUGAAGGGCAAGCAGGAGAUGAACUUGGUUGCUAUGAAGACUGCCCUUGACUACGCACAGCGAGCCCAGGCCGUAUCCCCCGACCAACUUCAUCUCCAGUUUAACGUUGCUUUUGUACAGAACCAGAUCGCCUCGUUAGCCUACAGUUUACAACCCACUCAAAAGACCUUGCAGGACGUGCAAGAAGCAGCCGAUGGCCUGAAGGAGGCUAUUGAAACCUUCGAGCGCAUUUCCAAGGAGAAAAACCCGCCUUACCCCAGCGCGGCUCUCGAACAGCGUGCAAACAUGGGUCGUACCAUCAGCAAGCAGCUUGACCGUGCCAUGCAGAGCCAAAAGGAAUAUGAAGAAAAGAAUGCGGCCAAACUCCAACAGGCCCGCGAGGCUCGUGAAGCCGCGAUGAAGCAGCGGGAGGAGGAAUUACGAAAAGCGCAGGAAAUCGAGAUUGAGCGGAAGCGAAAGAUCGCAGAAGAGCGCCACCAAAUGGUCGAAGAAGCACAAUCACAGGCCCUCAGACGUGCGGAAGCAGAUCGUGCUCGCGAGGCAGCAGAAUUGACUGAUGAUUCAGCGACUGGGGAGAAGAUCAAACGCAAGAAGAAGCCUACCUCGAAGCGUAAGAAGAAGGGUGGCGACGACUUCAUUGCUGCUGAUGAUGAAGGCGAUCAGGAACGUGGCAGCGCCGAGCCCGAAAGUGAAGGCGAGACUGCCGCACCUAAGAAGCGCCGCCGUCUUGAGCGUCGCUCAGGUGCUAAAGCACAGAGCACCAGCAAAGCCUCAAGCAAAUUCAAGAGCAGCGAGAGAGUUGAAGACUCAGAUGAUGAUGAGGAAGAAGCCCCGCCUACUCCUGGCGAUGGCGAAGAUAAUGGGGAUCUCUUCGGUGAAGGCGACGGCGCCGAUGAGCCCAUGCAAGAUGAAGAGGUUGCAGCACCCCGUCGUCGCAAUAAGAUGUCCCGCCGUAUUGCCGAUGAUGACGACGAGGAUGAAGAAGAAGAAGAAGAAGAGACAGCCCCAGCUGAAAACAAGGACAAUGACAACGACAACGAAGAAGAUCUUUUCGGUGACGAAGAGCCCCCCAAGCCAGCUGAAGAUGAAGAAAUGGAGGACUAA